AUGGAGAGAGCAGCAAAUGGAGAGAGCAACAAAUGGAGAGAGCAACAAAUGGAGAGAGCAACAAAUGGAGAGAGCAGCAAAUGGAAAGAGCAGCAAAUGGAAAGAGCAACAAAUGGAGAGAGCAACAAAUGGAGAGAACAGCAAAUGGAAAGAGCAGCAAAUGGAAAGAGCAACAAAUGGAGAGAGCAACAAAUGGAGAGAGCAACAAAUGGAGAGAACAGCAAAUGGAAAGAGCAGCAAAUGGAAAGAGCAGCAAAUGGAAAGAGUAGCAAAUGGAAAGAGCAGCAAAUGGAGAGAGCAGCAAAUGGAAAGAGCAACAAAUGGAGGGAAGACGGAACAAGAAUAAAGAAGAUACGAAAUGUCAGUGAAAACGAUAUGAUUCAUAAACACAAGAAUUUGAAAUAUCCUUAUUUUAAAAUGAAAAAAAUGGGCUCCUAUAGUGAAAUACGGAAAAAUAAUAAUUUUCUUUUUAAUCGUGAUAUUGAAAUUGUAUAUGACCCCAGGUAUACCUCUGUUUUUGUAAAGUUAAAGGACAUCAUUUCGCUUAAUCUUAAAGGACUAACUAUAAGGGAAAAAUGCUCGGAGGGGUUGUCGUUUGAAAUAUAUGACUGCUUACAAAAUAAGAUAUUAAUCAUGAGGAAAAACGAAGACAUAGAAGCUGAGGAGAUAUUCAAGGAGAUGCUCGACAAGUUGCUACAAAGCGGCUGA